AAAAGAAUUCCAUCCAUCUCGAAUCUCGAAAAAUAACGCCAACAAGUUAUCACCAAGUAUCCAUAAGAAAUCCAAUUAAAUUCCCCCACAUAAUCCCAUGGAAAUUUUCUCCUUCAUUUAUUGGUUACGUCCCACGCAUUGGCGUACACUCGAAAAAAUUGAACUAAAACAUCACCCCCUCCCUCCAGCUGAUCACAUAUCAUCUCCCUGUGUUUAUCAAAAAUAAAGCGAACCCAGUGGCAUUCAAAUGUCAACGACGGAUUACUCCGCAACAUUGUCAUCAAUUCCAUCUUCGUUGAUGCAAUAAUAAAAACAAGUGACUGCAUUCCGUGGAAUUCUAGUGAAUUCCGUUGGCUGUCUAAAUCGGUAAAAAUAGAAUACACUUGACAGCAUGGGAAAUGUCCUCAAUAAUGGCGAGAACAAUGACGAUCUAGUGGACAUAUUGUGUCUGUUGCGGUACAUAAAGACAAAAAGAGUUGAAAGGGUUUUUCGGGCUGUUGACAGGGGCGAUUAUGUCCUUGCAUCUCACCGAGAUGGGGCUUACAAGGAUGUCUCGUGGAAAAUUGGCAAUAUUCAUUUGUCUGCACCGUGUGUUUACUCCCAGGUCAUGGAGGGCCUUUCACUGGAGGCUGGACUGAGUUUUCUCAAUGUGGGGUCAGGCACGGGGUACCUCAGCACCAUGGUAGGAUUAAUACUUGGUCGACAUGGGAUUAAUCAUGGAAUCGAAUUGAAUAAGGACUGCAUGGAGUACGCUUAUGAGAGGCUCGAGGAAUUCAAACGAAAAUCGUUGGCGUUGAAUGAGUUCGAUUUUUGCGAGCCAGUCUUUAUGCAUGGAAAUUUUCUGCGAGUAAUUCCUCAUCAACAGUACGACAGAGUGUACUGUGGUGCAGCUUGUCCAGAGUCUCACGAGGCCUUUAUAAAGCAGUUUGUAAAAAUUGGUGGAGUCCUGGUGAUGCCCUAUAAGGAUCACUUGUUGAGGAUUGAGCGAGUGGACACAGAUACCUGGAGGCACAAGGCAAUGCUUCCAGUGGCUUUCGCUGGUUUGGUCAUUCCCAAAGACGACGACCAAACGAUUCUCCAUUUACCUUUCUCAGAGCCCCUACUCCUUCAAGACCUCUGCCGAUGCUCCAUUCGUUCUCACCUGCGUGAUAUAAUCUGGCAGGAGCAUCCAGAGCUGGAGUCUAAGUAUCCAAUAACUUCGGACACGAGUAGACACCAAAGCCCCACCCCAAUUCUACCCUUGAAUAAUCAUGUGCAGUCUUACGAGGGCUCAGGCAGUCACAACUCGACUGAAGACGAGGAGGAAACAGGUACAUCUAGCAGGACUCGUCUCCUGGUUUACCUGGACGCGCUCACUCCAAAACCACCGUCGAGUCUUCCCGAAUUUGACGUCAGCGACGACGAGGAACAGGAAGACGUCAGAAAGUCCUCUGGUAGGACCAAAAAAAUUUCCAUUGACUCGAUGAAUUCAUCCUCGUCUUCAUCCUCCUCCUCCUCCGACCAAGAGAAGGAGAAGAUUCAUUGGGAAGGGGAAAUGGAGGAUGCUGAGGAGCUAAUGGUCGUUGACGAGACUGAAUCGAAUUCAAUUCCAAAUUCUCAUGAUGAUGAGUCAAAGGCAUUUUCCAAUGGAAACGAGCCCUUGUCCAGUGAACAAGAGGGACUGAGUGCAGAGCACUCCCAGAGGGAUAAAAAUGAGAGCUCGUGCGAUGUUGAACGUCUCCAGAGAUUGCUGGGUGAUGGGUCAAGCAGCACUGAUAAUCAUUUGUCACAAUCAGGAAGCAGUUCACCGAAUAAAAAUCGUGAGACCCAGGGUUGUGAGAGGUCUUUCAAAAGAGACAACCAGAAUAAAUCGGAUAAAUCACUGAAUGCUGGUGAGGGAACGAGCUCCGAGAGGUGUGACUUCCCGAGUCCAGCGAAAAAGAAGAAGUGGAGGAAGUUGUUGUCGAGGGAGGAACUCGAGGGGAACGUGGGCACAUCCAAGUGGUCCCCCACGAAUUCCAGGGACUCCAGCAGAACUGAUUCCAGCAAAGUCGAGACGCCAGACUGGAAUUCUCUGAUGAGCUUCAGCGAUGACGAGGACACGAGUGCCAAGACGUCGAGUAAAAAUCCAAAACUCAAUGGAAUUCACAAUUUCGUUUGGGAUUCACUGUUUGGUCUCGAUAUUCAUACGAGUGGAAAUGAGGGGCCAUCGUCUCAGUCUCAACAGUCACCGGAUAAUCCCAGAAAUGGACCUCAACAAGUAUUCGCUCAUAAUGUUCAUGCGAAUAACCUGGAGGAACAGAUGAGGAGGAAAAUUCGGGCACUACCCCUCCCCGUGUCUCUGCAGCGGUACAUAAAUUAUAACAGACCCCUGUAGGCUAGUCAAUGGGUACGAACCAACAAUAAAUUUAUAUCCUAAAUUUAUCAAGAUAACUGUACAAAUUUCCGGAAAUAAAAUACUACAAUUUUAUUUGUCAUGGA